UCUUUGCCGAAAUGCGAGCGGGUUAACGCCUUUGCAUUUUGCGGCUUUUGGAGGAAACCUGAAAGUACUUAAACAACUUCUUUCGAUGACCCCUGGUGCAAUAAAUGACCAAAGUAUUAAGGGCUCAUCCCUCCUUCAUGAAGCCAUUCUAGGUGAAAGCUUAGAAGUUGUCAAUUUCCUUCUAGCUAAUGGAGCUGACACAAACCUGCAGGAUAAGUGCGGCAAUACUCCUUUACAUUUGGCUGCAUUCUUGAAAAGUGCUGGUUAUUCCGCUAACAUCUGCCAGGCUUUACUGAAGAAAGGAGCAAAUCCUACAAUACAAAAACAGAACAAAGAGAAUUUUGUAUUCACCCUUCUGAGAGGGGCAGCCAAAGAGAACUUAGAACUUCUGAUCACACUUGCUCUGCAAUACCAGACUGACCUUCUGAGUAGAAACUCGAGUGGGCUCACUGCUCUCGAUGAAGCAAUAAAAAUAAAAGCUCCAUCUGGGGUUAUAAGGCUGAUCCAGAACCAAACCCAGCAGAUGGUUUUCUUGAAGGAACGUUCUUUGCCUUGUCCUGUUGAGGAGGUUGCUAAUCAGAGCGGGAGACCUAGGAAGAAGGUGAAGCUCUUUAUCUGUGGGCAUAGCGGAGUUGGAAAAACCACAUUUGUCAACACAAUAAAAGAGAUGGGGCUACUUUCAGUGUUGCAGUAUUAUUUUAAUGGACCUGAAACUCCUCCCUCUACCCAAGGGGUGUCCUGUUCACAGGCUGAUCUAAAGGAUGGUUCCUUGGUUAUAUGGGACUUUGCAGGACAAAUGGAGUACUGUUUUACUCAUUCUCUACUUCUAAACACUAGCGGACCCAACACUAUCUAUUGUUUGGUCUUCAGUCUAAAGGGAAUUGAGAGUGACCUGCAUGGAGCACAAAGACAAGCAAUUGACCAGAUGCUUUUCUGGCUGCGAUUCCUGAGCUUAGCUCAUAAACCUGGUUCCUUGCCACAUGUUAUCCUUAUAGGAAGCCACUUAGAUACUCUGCCUGAAGAAAAUAAUGUGCUGAUAGCACAACGGUUUUAUGAAAAUGUGAUGAAGAGAGAGACAGAGCUGUUCAAUUGCUUUCAGAUACAGUUCUUCCCAAUCAACUGUAAAAAAAAGGCAGACGUGGAGCCCAUCAAAGAUGCCUUGGAAAUGAUUGUUGCACAAAUUAAACAGGAACCUGAGCCUGAAAUAUGUCAGCUUGUCAUGGAGCAUUUGCGCCUACAAAAGGUUCAUUUCCAGCGCUGUCAAGAAUUUGUUGAUAGGUUUACACAAUGGCUUGCAGCAAGGGGGCACCAGCCAGUCUGCCCUUCUACUCUGCUAACAGCCGUGGAAUAUCUGCACAACAUCUCUGAGUUGUUGUACUUGCCACAGUACAUUCCAUCCAGAAUCAUUUCAUCGGGCAGUGGUGACUCUACAUCCCCAGUGCCAUCAGGUGUGAUUAUCUUAGACAUGACCUGGCUCCUGCAAAAGAUCUUUGCUAGAUUCGGAAAUUUUGCUUUGAGCCCGGCAUCUGGAACAAACAGACAAUUAUGGAGUUUUGAGGAGAUGGUUGGAGCCCUCGACUUGACUGAUGGUGAAGGAGAUGCUCAAGCAGCUUUGGAGUUGCUGGAGACAUUGGAACUACUUUUAAGUACACCGGAAGGGGAUUAUGUUGUGCCAGCUUGGUUGCAAAGAGGUGGACUUCAGAGAGGAAGGGGGGAAACUCUGCGAGGGGUAGUAUAUCGCUGGAGAAAUGACAGCAGGAUAUUUUUUAGUCAUUUCUUUGUUGGCAGACUUCAGAUUCAUGUUGUACGCACAUUUGGACAAGGCAGAUGCAAACUGUGGAAGGAAGGAGCACUGUUGGUCACAGAGGCUCAGGUAAGAAUUGAGGUUUCAAAAGAUAAGAGAUCUUUAUACCUAAUUGGAUGCUGGGGAGACAAAGAUAAAGAAGGUGACUGUUACAAUCUCUUGGAAAAGGUAGAAAAAGAAGUUGAGGCUCUUCUUAGGAAUGGGAGGAAUCAGAGCUGUGAAAAGUUGUACCUUUGUCCUAUCGAGUUGCGUAAUGUAACUGAGGCUUUGUCUACAGACUCUGACAUAGAAAUUCGGCAAUUAAUGCUGUCUUGCAUAACUGAAGAAAUCAAAGGAUAUAGUUUUGCGCAGAUCCUGAAUGCUGAAGAGAACAAUGCUCCUCUUUGUGGUAGCAAUGUUCGCUCGUGGGAAAUUUUGUUUCCACAGCACGACACAAGAAUUUUACGCCAUUUUGGGUGGAAUUGCCGCACACAUUUUCUUGACGAAUCAACACUGAAAAGGCUUUGUUGUCUGCUAGACAACAUCCAUCCAACAGGGUUAGAUUGGAAAUUGCUGGCACAAUUUCUUGGGAAUGCAAGCAUCAGUAUUGUGGAACAAAUUGAAAAAGAAGCUACAAGUAGGGGAAUGCCACCAACAAGUCUUGUCCUAAAUCGGUCCCUGAACCCCAUCUGGAUAAACAAGCAGAGUACAGGAUCCAUCCUCUCUGCUUCCGAUUAUGGACACCCGCACCUACACGGAUAUGCAGCUCAGGCCUCCGUCACAAUUCAGGUGAUGAGUUCUUCCGGAGACGAGCCCCGUCCAUCUUAUUCCAAUACCAGAGAGAGGAUUGUUAAGGUUGUACCUCCUCAUUUAAUUUGCUCCCUUACAUGUGGAGGCCGUGAGUGCCGCUAUGAGGGUCCUGAAUACUGGUCUGUGGAGCAACUAGCAAUUCCAGGGCUGUACUCUUCCUGGAUCACUGAUGAUAUUCUGGCUAUGAGCCGCCCAUCCACUCGUCUAAUACAGGAAUACAAAAUCACUGAGCAAUUCCACAGAUAUGGAAUACGUUCAGUUGUCAAUGCACAGAUUCCCUGGGAACAUGGCUAUUGUGGAGACUCCCUUGAUCCUCAGAGUGGCUUUUCAUACAAACCCCAGGAUUUUAUGGAUUCUGGCAUCUGCUUCUACAACUUUGGUCUUCCAGAUUUUGGAAUAGCCCCUGUGCCCAGAAUUCUGGAUGCAGUGAAAGUCAUUGCAUUUGCUCUGAGAGAGGGGAGAGUUGCUGUGCACUGUCAUGCAGGACUCGGACGCACAGGUGUCCUCAUUGCUUGCUACUUGAUUUACGCAUGUCAUGUAAGUGCUGCAGAUUCCAUUCGUUUUGUGCGACUCCGUCGCCCAGGAUCUAUACAGACAGGAUCUCAGGUGUCUCUGGUGUGUGAUUUUGCACUGUUCCUAAGUUCACAAUGGCCAGUCUUUCCACAGGCCCCCCUUGGCCACCCUUCCUUUACUCUAGCGCAGUACCUGGUUCAGCAACGUAACCUUCUCCAUGGUCAGGAAGCUCGAAACCUGCGCUAUCUUCCCAAGCCAGUGGUAGUUAUAUGUCGAAGACUGGCACAAUUGGCAGGGGGUAGGAGAGCAAGAGGUCCAUGGGUGGAGUUGGAGAGAGAGGCUGCACACCGGCUCCUACGGCAGGUCAUUGUCAGAGCAGCAAAUGACCGCCGUUGUAAGAAGAUGACCAAACCAGCUUGUGAGACUGAAGAUAAUGAACAGGAGAGAACAGUAAAGAAGAGAAGAGGCCUCCUACAGAGUCAGAUUAGUUGUGACACUGGAAUACUACAACUGCUACUCAUGGGGGACACAUCAGUAGAUGUAGCAAGCAAUGGGCUUAGUCAACUUGAACUUGCCAAAACAGCAACAGCAAUGACAGACAAUAAUGUCCCUGAAGAUAUGCAGAAGGGAACAGACAGCAAUAAGCCAGAUAAAGACAAUAUUACUGAGCCAUGUCAGCCGGUUACUCCACACCAUGUUUUGUGCAUUGCAGAGGCCCUGGCAGGACUGCAAGCCAAUGAACCGGUGAUACAGCAAAGUGUGCAGCAAUUGCAGAAUAUUGUAAAUGAGGAGGGAGCAUGGGCGGCGGUGUCCACAGAGAGCAAUCCCAAAGUUCUUUGUACUUUGCUCUGGGAUUGGUUGCAGCAACUUUCAGAACCUGCACUAAGGCAGGAAGAUAUAAAUCUCUUCUGUGAUGGGGACUGGAGAAAUAAUCUGACAAAACUAAGCAGGAGUCAGGGGGAGGUUUUAUGUUGUCUUCUGCAGUGUGUUAGCAAACUUCCUUCCCUGCCAUGUACCCUGGAAGAGAUGGUAUUAAUGAGACUGAUCAGAGCAUUGACAAAGCAGCCGCCUGAUAUGCCACAUUUGCCACCGGCACUGUUCCUACAGCUUCGCUCAAUUGUGCAAGAGAUAAGAGCUCAUGGAGUCUUGUACCGGGGACACCGCAAACCAACAGAUACAGCACAACAUGGGCAGCUAAAUACAGACAAGAGUGAGGGAAAGAGCAGUUAA